UGCUGUGACCUGAGGGUGAGCAGCGAGCGGGCUAGGACUUUCUGUUCUGCAAGGAUCCCAGUUGAGGGCCCAAGGUUAGUGAGGUCGGUGAUAGCAAGAGGUACUUGGGAAUGUAGCUGGGCAAAGGCCGGUGCCCAUAUCUCAAAGAGAUCAGAAAAUCCGUCCGCUCCUCGCUUCCAUGCCCUUCCCCAAAAGCGCCCUUCAUCCACGUAAAGAGAACGGACCACUUUCCGCUCUCUGCAAUGCUCUCACUAAACUGGGGCUGGGCGGGGAGGGGAGAAGGAGAGCAUCAGGGAAGGUUCCGAUCCGGGGUCCUCGGACAACCAGGGGCUCGGCGGCCAUCUAGUAAGUGACGGCGGGACAACGCGGGACAUCCGCGUCUGCACGUUUCUUUCCACGUGCCCAAGGCAGCGGGGGCUAAAGGGAUGCGGAGGAGGGAGAAAGAGACCCUGCCUUAGGCCUGACGGGGACAGCGGGCUGCAGCGAGCACCUAGGUCGGAGGGACCUGCCGGGCUCGCGGCAGAGACCUAGUCGGGGAACUCGGAACCGCACCGCACCCGCGGCGGCAGAGCUCCGCCUCGCGUUUUCUGCGGCGGUGGCUGCCGCUCGAGACUUUACAGCCCUCGCGAGAUUUUCCGAGAUCCCGCCGCAGCGCCGGCUUACGCGGUUGCUAAGGCAACCGGGCGGCGCCAGCGCGAGCGGGAAGGAGGUGCCCGUCGAAUUUUUACGUGCUAGCCUGCGAGACUUGAGGAGACUUCAGGCGUGGUCAUUCCUGAGCCCCACAGACCACGGCCUCUGCUCCAGUCGGUACUCCUGCCCCAGGGGGGCCAUGGGCCGGAUCUCGGGGCUCGUGCCCUCUCGCUUCCUGACGCUCCUGGCGCAUCUGGUGGUCGUCAUCACCUUGUUCUGGUCGCGGGACAGCAACAUCCAAGCCUGCCUGCCUCUCACGUUCACCCCCGAGGAGUACGAGAAGCAGGACAUUCAGCUCGUGGCAGCGCUGUCCGUCACUCUGGGCCUCUUUGCAGUGGAGCUGGCCGGUUUCUUCUCAGGGGUUUCCAUGUUCAACAGCACCCAGAGCCUCAUCUCCAUUGGGGCUCAUUGUAGUGCAUCUGUGGCCCUGUCCUUUUUCAUAUUCGAGCGUUGGGAGUGUACCACGUACUGGUACAUUUUCAUCUUCUGCAGUGCCCUCCCAGCUGUCACUGAAAUGGCAUUGUUCAUCAGCGUCUUUGGACUGAAAAAGAAACCUUUCUGAUACCUUCGUGACGGGAACAUAGGGAUGACGGUUCGAGGAACACGGGACCACUCACCAUUCCUGGACCGAGGAAGGCAGCCUUCGGCCCUCAAAUUGCAUUUGAUGGAGGAUGUCAGUGUUAGGGUAAUUAUCACUCGAGUCUGGGAUUAUCAGCGUUUUCUUUAGUGCUUGUAAUAAAAUAUAUCUUAGAGUAAGAUCAAGACUUACGACAAUUCUAGGGGAGAAUUGGGGUGGCCAAACUGCUAGAGAAACGGAAGGCUGUUUUCCAGCCUUGCAGACUGUAAGAUAAUACGUGUCGCUUUUAUUUUGGUUAUUACGGUAGACGUCGGACGGAAGGGGGCCGGUGGGCGGAGACAUGUAAAUAAAGUCCCCGCGAUUUUGGGGCCAAGCUCGUGAGUGGAGCAUUCUGGGAGGAAUUAGGUUGUCUCUUUUUGGCAGUCAGAUCGGGAAAGAAAUAUUGUUUAAUUCUGCAAAUAAACGAGCAACGGUAACGGAAGACCCUGAAUAACAUCGGGUUGCUCGGGCUAGCCCGUUAACUACUCACCCUAGCUGCAAGCGGGACCUUUUUCCCUGAGUAAGGAACGCACGUGUGUUUCCGUUUAUCGUCAGGUAGGAUAAUCCUUACCUGUUCCUCCUUCGGGAGGGCAGAUCGGAACAUGAUGAUUGGAGAUCGCAUGACUCGUGAUUAACGUCUCUGCGUAAUCAGGACUUGCAACACCCUGAUUGCUCCUAUCUGAUUCUGCCUGACGAUCCUCACCUUUGUUUUUAUGGGAAGCGAUAGAUUUUUGUUCUUUGGGUGUGAAAUGGUUAGUCACCCGGGUUGUGCUGCUGGGAAGGGACGGUGACUGCUUGGAAUCUUCCUGACAGGAGCUCGUAUUUUGGGGAUUCGCAUUCUGCUGCUAUGGGUUGCCGGUUUUCCGGAAACUUCCAUCAUCAGAUGACUGGUCUUGGCGUGUUUCUGAACGACUAGGAGCCGAUUAGUGUUCCACGAGGUUAGGUAAUUGUUACAAGGGAAGAACUGGUUGGUUUCCAGAUUUCCGUGAAGUCGCUGUUAAUAUUUUAUCAAACUUGGUGUCGCCAGUGGUUUAUUGUGAGACCGUCUAUCCCACCGAGGCCAAAAGGGCCACCUGGGCGUAGCUUCCGCUGUUCCUCAGUGGUCUGAUGAGUACCCCCCCCACCUCUGCCUGCCAGCACAUGGCAAGAACACGUCCAAAAGGAGAUUAUUUGAACACGCUAUUAGGCAUUGGACAAACACUGCCAGAGUCCGAGGUGCCACCUUGUUUCAGAUCAAGGGUCGUAUUUCCUAGGGAAGGUUCAGUGUCUGUUGGGAAGGUCCUCUGUGCAUUUUUUCAGUCCCAAAUGGGGGAGCCCUGGCCAUUCGAAAUAAGCAGAAGGCAUCCAAGGAGAUGCUUUCUGGUGAGGCCCCUCAGGUGAUGCCCCCACCCCCCACCCCCCUUUCCCUUCUGGAGGAUCGUCCCUUCUGGCAGCCCUUCGUCCCGAGCACUCCUUCAAUAAAUACUUCUUGAGCAUUUCCUAUAUGCAAAGCUCUGUAGGGAGUACUGACUGAGGGAAGAGUGUGAAUAUGGUCCGUGCUCAGCCUCACGAUGGAGCCAUCGUGGCGCAUGGAGACCGACCAGAAACAAGUUCCCCCUCCUCGCAGAGUACUUGCAGAGCAAAUUGUGGUAAGAGCCGCAAAGGAGAAUUACAGAGGCUACGGAGCAGGGGUUCAUUUGCCCAAGGUGGCGGGAGUAUUGCUCCUAUAGGAGCAGUUGGAGUUGAGGUCCUGGAGUGUGGCUGGCGAAAGUCACAUCCCACUGCGGUCUGUGUGCUUCACCGAUUUGUGAAAGCCGACCUUUUGUGUUUCAGAAACAUUGUGGGCGAGUUGUGAGACAGCUCCUAUCAGAAAUGAUACAAACAGUUAAAUUGUAUUUAAAAACAGAGGUCAUAAAUACUCAAAACUC